AUGAAAGACAAUAUGAAUUUGGAGGAGAUGCCUGAGAGAUCGAUUGGAGAGCCGCCGGCGGGAGUGCAACCGAGAGGACCCGAGGCAUACCAGGAGAUCGAAACAGGGAGCCUACAUCAGCAUCCAUGGCGCAAAGCCGAGCCAUUCCCCGCAAGCCAUGGCAUUAGACUCGAGGGCCACAGACCCGAGCCCCCUUCUCCUAUUCUAAUACCUGAAGAAAGGAUCCUUUUACCCGUCUCUCAUUUAUCGAAAAACCUCUCCACUCUCACUCCCCCGGAGCUCCGCCGGUUUACGCCAUUCCACAGCCUUACGGAUACCAAAUACCCCAAACGGAGACCCAACGACCAUCCCCGCCGCAAAAGGGCCAGCUUGAAACCUCCAGGUCCAUAUGCCUGGGUGAAAUGUGUGCCUGGGGAACCUAUACUUCCAAACCAACCAGAUGAAGGAAGUGUGAAGAGGAGGAAUGAGAAGAAAAGAAUCAAGCAGCAUCGCCAGUUUAUAAUGUCUGAAAAAAGGAAGCGAAAAGCUCAAAUGCAGGAGGCUAGAAAGAAAAAAUUAAUGAAAAGGGUGGAACGAAAGAUGGCUGCCGUUGCAAGGGAAAGAGCCUGGGCUGAAAGAUUGGUUGAGCUGAAAAGAAUCGAGGAGGAGAAGAAGAAAUCAGCUGCAGCUUGAUUGGAUUUCUUUGGGAAUCUCUAAGUUGGUAGUGCACGUUUCUCUUUUCUUUUUUCUUUUUU